AUGGUGCUUUUCAGGAAAAUUGUAUUGUGUGGAUUCAUCUACCUAUUUUUUGUUUCCUGUGGACUGGCUUGUGGUCCUGGCAGAGGUUAUGGCAAACGGAGACACCCAUCAAAACUGACGCCGUUAACGUACAAACAAUUCAUUCCAAACGUCGCGGAGAAAACCCUCGGGGCUAGUGGCAAAUUCGAGGGCAAGAUCACAAGAAAUUCAGAGCGAUUUAAGGAACUCACUCCAAAUUACAACCCCGACAUUAUCUUUAAGGAUGAGGAAAAUACCAAUGCAGACCGACUCAUGACACAGCGAUGUAAAGAAAAACUGAAUUCGUUGGCCAUUUCAGUCAUGAACCAGUGGCCAGGAGUUUUAUUGCGCGUCACGGAGGGCUGGGAUGAAGAUGGACAUCAUCUCGAUGAGUCAUUGCACUAUGAGGGACGUGCCGUGGACAUCACCACUUCAGACAGGGAUAAAAGCAAAUAUGGGAUGCUGUCCAGGCUUGCCGUCGAGGCUGGAUUUGACUGGGUCCAUUACGAAUCUAAAGCCCAUGUGCACUGCUCAGUUAAAGCAGAAAACUCAGUGGCAGCUAAAUCAGGAGGGUGCUUCCCUGGAUCAUCCUUGGUCACGCUCAAGGAUGGCACAACAAAGUACAUCAAAGACCUUAAGUUGGGUGACAAGGUCCAGGCUGCAGACGAACAGGGGAACGUCGUGUACAGUGAUUUUCUCAUGUUUAUAGAUCAAGACACACAAACACAGAGGCUAUUUUAUGUCAUUGAAACCUCAGAACCGAAAAGAAAACUCAGACUAACAGCUGCCCAUCUGAUUUUCACUUCAAGUUCAACAGACAAUUCAGAAAUGUUGAUAAUGUAUGCCAGUGAAGUAAAGUCUGGUCACAAAGUGUUUGUCUUCGACGAGGCUGUAGGUAAACUGAAGGUGGCUACUGUGGAAAGGAUUUAUACUGAGGAAUACCACAGUUCUUUCGCUCCAGUAACAGCACAUGGGACCAUACUGGUUGAUCAAGUGCUGGCAUCUUGUUACGCUGUAAUAGAGUCUCACAAAUGGGCACACUGGGCUUUCGCACCUUUUCGACUGACCUAUCGAUUCACAUCGUUAUUUCUAUCCGCGGGAGGAUCGAACAUUACCUAUCAAGCGGAUGGAGUCCACUGGUACUCAAAGAUGCUGUUCCAUGUGGGGAUCUGGCUGCUGGAUAAUGAUUCUUUCCACCCAUUGGGGAUUUUGAACUGGAGCUAAAAUACCAAAUAUCAGAAUCAAUGAAUGGUAUUCAUUUAUAAAAUCAGGAUGGGGCAGUUUAGACAGAACCUGGUUCCUUAAAAAAAUCUUUGUAUUUGAGGGAUUGAAGUCUUCAAGAUCAUAAAUGGAAUGAAAUACUGGCAAGCUGACCUGGUCAUGUCAAGAUUGAAAACAAUAUUGGUGGGACUGCUGCAAAAUGUUGCUCAUAGAAUCUGAAGUAUGUUAUUGACAA